GGGUGGCAGUCUUACCGGGACCAGAGGGGAGAGCGCGUAAAGCAGCUGCCGGCGCAGGAGCAGCACUACCCCCCCUCUCCUCACUUGACUGAAAGCAGCGCGGAUUAAAAACGAUGCACCACCGCCGCCGCCGCUCCGCCACGGUGCACCGUCACUGCCGCUGACCGGGUGUCGGACUACGGGGGUGGGGGAGGCUGGGGAGGAGGGAGGGGGGCGCGUCGCUUAACGGGUCAGAAGAUACAACUUGUAGCCUGUGCAUGUGCUGUGCGCCCUUCUCCCUGGUCCCGUAUGCAGACGACCGAGAAGAUGCUGAGCCGAUUGAUGAGCAGCAGCAUCAGGAGUCUGGACAGGGAAUGCAACUGCACCGUGAGGCUGCUGGACGACUCGGAGUACACCUGCACGAUCCAGCGCGAUGCCAAAGGACAGUACCUGUUUGACCUCAUCUGCCACCAUCUCAACCUGCUGGAGAAAGAUUACUUUGGUAUUCGAUAUGUUGACCCAGACAAGCAGAGGCAUUGGUUGGAGUUUACAAAGUCAAUUGCCAAACAGAUUAAAUCCCAGCCUCCAUUCACCAUGUGUUUGCGUGUCAAGUUUUACCCGCCUGAUCCUGCUGCUCUGAAAGAAGAAAUCACCAGAUAUCUCGUCUUCCUGCAGGUUAAGAGGGAUCUCUAUCACGGCCGCCUCCUGUGCAAGACAUCCGAUGCUGCUCUGUUGGCGGCCUACGUGUUGCAAGCUGAAAUUGGCGACCAUGACCCCGGGAAACACCCACAGGGCUACAGCUCCAAGUUCCAGUUCUUCCCCAAGCACUCUGAAAAGUUGGAGCGGAGGAUUGCUGACAUCCACAAGGCUGAGCUGAUAGGUCAGAGUCCAGAAACGUCAGAGAUGAACUUUCUCCAGAAGGCUCAGAGGCUGGAGACAUACGGAGUGGACCCUCAUCCAUGCAAGGAUGUGUCUGGCAACCCUGCUUUUCUGGCUUUUACUCCUUUUGGAUUCACUGUGCUGCAAGGAAACAGGAGGGUCCAUUUCCUCAAAUGGGAGGAGGUGACCAAACUCAAGUUUGAAGCAAAGACAUUCCAUAUAUAUGCAAAUCAGACGGAGGAUAAGAAGAUCAUACUGACGUACUUUGCACCUACACCGGAGGCCUGUAAGCAUCUGUGGAAGUGUGGGGUCGAGAAUCAGGCCUUCUUCAAGUUGGAGAAGUCAAGUCAAGUCCGCACUGUGUCCAGCAGUAAUCUCUUCUUCAAGGGAAGUCGCUUCAGAUACAGUGGGAAGGUUGCAAAAGAGGUGAUGGAACAAAGUGCCAAAAUUAAGAGAGACCCACCUGAGAUACACAGGCAUGGCAUGGUGCCCAGCAGGAGCUGUCCGUCCAUCACCCACGGCCCUCGUUUGACCAGCGUGCCGAGGACCCGGCGGAGAGCUGUGCACAUUUCCAUCAUGGAGGGUCUCGAGUCCCUGCGAGACAGCGCCCACUCCACGCCCGUGCGCUCCGUCUCCCAUGGCGAUUCCUUCAUGUCUUCCCGGGGCCACCUGGAGGACGGCAGCGAGGCCAGCACGUCGGCGGUCAUCUCCGACGAGGCCUACAGCCCCUCGGACAGCAUGCUGUCCACGCCCGUGGCCGAGCACGGGGCGGAGGUGCCCCCGGCGCGCCACCUCAACGGCGCCCCGCGCAGCGUCGACGAGCAGGGGUCACAGGCGGGCGCGUCGAGGGAGGGCCACGCCGCGGAGUUCCCCGCCGACCGGAGGGCGCCGCGUAGGAAGGCGGCGUCGUCGUCGCCGCCGAGCGACGUGGAGGAGCUGAACAAGUUCAUCCUGAGCGUGCUGCGUUUGUUCCUGGUGACCAUCGGGCUGCUGUUCGCCCUGCUGCUGCUCCUCAUCAUGCUGACCGAGUCGGACCUGGACAUUGCCUUCCUGAGGGACAUCCGCAAGACCCCCGAAUUCCAGCAGUUCCACUUUGAGUACUUCUGCCCCCUGCGGCGCUGGUUCGCCUGUAAGCUGCGAUGGGUGGGAGGACUCCUCGUCAGCAAGUGAGGCGGAGACCGAAGUGCGGCAACGCGGUGGAGAUGCGACACGUGCGACAACGGGCGAGGACGGGAGGAGAGAGAAGGGUGCCGUCCGUGUUCCCGACUCACCUGCUCCCAGGAGGAGGUUCCCGUGCCAAGCCUCGCGCUGUUGUUUAUGUUUAUGUUUGACCAUCACUGCAACAACAAAAAAAAACAAAAAAAAAGGAGGAAAUCACAUUUUACUUUGGAAACUCAGGUCAUUUCAAGGUAUUUUAUUUUUUACACAAAGACACAGUAACACGGUUUGAUCCAAACGCCGAAAAGGGACAAACAAGUCUGACAGACUUCACUAAUUUAACCAGUUAAUAGUUGCCUUUAUUUUUGUAUUCAUUUUCAUGUUGAAAUAUCAUUGUAAGACGGAAUGAACCCGUGUGUUGUGCAACCUGAGGGUUUGAAUGAAGCACUGAGGGAAAAACAAUAACAUUACUUCACAUUCAUGGUUCCAGGGGGUCGGAGAAGGUGUGAAAUGGAAAGAUCAGUCCUGAAUCAAAUUAUGCUCGCAAAUGUUAUAACUGUUUUCUAGCCAUGAAGGGUUUUUCACCAUGUGACACAGUGACAGGAAAGCGUAGGAAAAUGAAUACAGGCCAUUUUGAGAUAAUUGUGCUAAAGUGUCACACAACCCAACAUCUGGUAAGUCAAUUGAAACAAAAGGAAUGAAUUUGCGGUCACUAUAUGUUGCCGCUGUCCUCAAAUGGUCCUUUUUGUGAUAAGUGUGACUUCGGUUGUGGUCGGACGUCUAUUUAAAGUGCUCACGUGACCAUUUUUGUUCAGCCACUAAAGUUGUAUUGUCCGAUGACUGUAAGUUAUGGAUAAUUGUAAAGCUAUAAGUAAGUAAUGGAGGUGGUAGGUUAGUGGGGUUUUCUUUAAUAGCAGCCAAAUAAUUCUUAUAGCUACAAUCAACUUCAAUGUGUAAGGAACAGUUGUGCGUUCGCCGUAGUUACUUUGACAGUAGUCGUAAAGGUGAUGGGACUAUGUGAGCUCCAGCUGUAGUGAUAGUGAAGUACUUGGUUAGUUCUUUGACUCCCACACAUAAAACAGUUUAUCUUGAUGUGCAAUACUGUUGAUACGGAGAAAAAAAAAAAGAUCCUUUCCACUAAGGGAGCUUUGACCUUGUUUUGACUUUUGUAAAGGACAUAAAUUAGUGCUAUAUUUUCCCCACAUCGUACGGUUAAGAGAGUCUGAGUUAAGUUUGUGUAAAGCGUCAUAAAACUUUGUUUAGCCCUGCUGUUUCACAUUCAUGCAUUUUAAAUGUUGAGACUGAAUUCAUUUAAAUCAUGUUUCCAUUUUCAUACAAACUGACGUCUCAUUUACACACAUAGUGGCUUUUAAUGGACUUAAAGCAUUAUUCUUUACAGCGGAUGUAUAGUUUUCCACCUUGCUUACAAGACGCGCCACGUUUACGUCAUUCUGCAAUAUUCCUCAUCACCACUACCAAAGAAACCUCUGUUGUCUGAUGCGUCAACAGACGGGAAUUCUGAUCUCCUUCUGCAGCCUUAUUACGUAGAUUUCAUUUCACAGGUCAGCCCGAAGUUAUUCUUUACAUCACAGAGCAGUCAACAGUUAAAUGUUGGUCCUCCUUACAAGCCACUAGCGAUUAAAUAAAGAUAGCAGGUACCCUCUUACUUCAACUGAAAUGGAUGUGUUUCUUAUACAACAAGAGGAGUGGUGUAGGAUGACGAGUGGCUGAGAUGUGUAGGACACUUAAUGAAAUGAAUUUGCACAUCUUUCCUCUCCAAAAAUGCAGCAGUUGUAAUUUGACAGAAAACAGUUAUUAAGUCUCUCCGGGAUUAAAUACAUGGCUUUUAAUGUCCAUUUCAAGAUUCAGAAAUAGUGAAGUAACCGGAAGUAUUAAUCAUUUCUAGUAGUAAUGAGUUGAGUGACUAGUACAGACACAUUGACCCUUGUGUUAUAUUUAACGGAAAAAAGUAUUUUCUUGUGAUUGAUUUUUCAGACUUGACAAGCGGCUUAUGCAUUUGCUUUGAUUCAUACGGUGCUCGCUGGUUUCUGAUCGACUGUCAGGUGAAAGAAAGGCCGGGAGAGGCACAUGCGAUAACUGUAGUAUAAUUUGUUCUUCAAAGUCUCACUUUAUGUUCAUGUAUAACAAAAGGCUAAACAUAAUUUGGGCAAUAAAUAACAGAUAAUGUUAUGAAUAGUAAUAAUUAUAUACAGCAAAGGAAUGUCGGUCUGAAGAGCCUGUAGAUGCAUGAGUGAAGGGAACGGAGCCCACAGUUCCCGACCAAUCACAAGGAGAGUAACGUCGCCAAGUCAAGUUUAAUUGUUGCACCGCGCUGCUCUUCCUUGAUCCAUUUUAGAGGUACGGAGUAGAUGGUCGGUCAAAUACUUCAAAUACUUGUAAAUGACCCACGCACCCAUCAGUGGACCCAUUUUCACUCGACUCUGGAGAGGUUCGUAUUUUCAGCUCAUAAAGAACAGCAGAAGUAGCAGAUUCAACUACCUGAAUAUUUCCUCUUGCAAUGUAGUGAUUUUUGUAUUGUUAAAAUCUGUCAAAUCACUUGUACUGCUAAAGAGGGGCGACGGUUCCAUUAACGGGAAUCUCUUGUGUUGGUUUUAUUGGGUCCUGUAAGCGGGAAUGAGGCCUCUGAUGUGGUUUUACUGUACGCUUCUUUCCUGUACCAUGGAAAUGUCUCUGUAAGCAUGUGUUCUGCAUUUAUUACCUCCAAACAAGAUCGCUUUCUUUCCAAUCACUGA